AUGGCGAAUAUAAGUCCAUUAUCUGCUGCAAACGUAGGUUUGGACUCUCAGGACGACUGCCCUGGUUCCGUCUUAUCCAGUUCUCCGCCUACGCCCGGUCCUAGAGACGAAACACCGUCCUUCCAUGCUUUUCUAGAUCGUCACGCUUGGUCGCGCAAACCACUCCAUUCGCCACCGUCAACCAAUCAAGUGAAUCUGCCAUCGGCUAUCGAUGUCGGUGGUAUUCCUCUUCCUACGAGUUUUAGCCGUCGUCGUGAUUCGCUCUCCUUUCCAGUCGCCGACACUUCCGAUGCUUGGCCAUCUUCAGACACCCCUCGCUGCAUGCAACAACCAAGCACACCGGUGCCAACAUCCAAGGUGUUGGCAAGUCCUUGGCAGCCGUUACCUUGGUUUACCUCGAAUAUAUGGAGCGACACCACCACAGCAACCACGCCGUCGUCGAAUCAUCCUGCAGCACCAUUACGGCGUGUUUCCGAACAUGUGUAUUCCGAAUUACCCAUUGAAGCGCCCUGGGAUCAGGCAAAGCAAGACCCUCGUUCCAUCGCACAUAACCCUCCGCCUAUCAAAAAGGGGACUCGUACUGCUUGUCCGGGACCCAUUGCGCACUACAGCGUUCCUUUGAAUCGAAGAGGAUCGGUACUGGUGGGCGAAACUUGGCUAACGCCAUCGCAUCAGGACUUGAAUAUGGGAGCCGAUGUCAAUCGUCGCAGUGGAUUGUUUGAUUCUAUCUGGUCUUCAUCGUCGUCCACUGCAACUCAGAAAAAUAUCGACGACUGGAAACACCGACGUUACUCUUCGCAUAUGACGGAUUACUGGCUGUCCACGGUUGUGGAAGAUUUGGAAGGCCUAAGAUGCGAUGAAAUUCGGCGUCAUUCCGUUGCCGGCGUGCCUUUGGGUGCCGGUCGUCCUAAAUCAGGAACCACCGAUAGCCAUCAUAAACAACAGCGACAGCAGCAACAGAUAUUGCAUCAGGACCUGUUAAACCAUAUUGACGACUAUUUUGCGACCCCUAGAAAUACAGCACCCUCCUCGAAUGCAACAGACAUCAAAAAUACCGAAUCGCAGCAACAACAGCAUCUUGGCAAGGGGGUGCCACUCCAUCAGUUUUUGGACACAACACGCUUAUUCUGUGUCCAAUUCAAGGUGGGACGUACGGAACUGGUUCAUGUGGACGAAAAGGACGAAAAUACCGUGCGGCCAAAAAUAGGGGACUUGGUGAUCGUGGAAGGUGACCGUGGUCAAGAUCUAGGCACCGUCAUCAAGGACGAUUUGACCGUGGCCGAUCUUGUCAAAAAGCAAUCCGAAUCCGAGAACAACGCUAUGUCUGACCUCAUCACUUACCAAACCACAUUGAAAGAUCUUCAUGUCAAACGUCUGUACCGACUUGCCACUGCUUGCGAACGAGCCAUGCUGGAUGACAAGCUUCGUGACGAGCAAGCGGCCUUGCUGGAUUGCCAGGCGCGUGUACGACAAAAGAAUUUACCUAUGGAUGUGGUUGAUGCUGAAUACCAAUGGGAUCGUCGUAAACUGACCUUCUACUUUGUGGCCAAUGAACGAAUUGAUUUCCGCGAACUCGUCCGCGAGUUAUUCAAGCUUUACAAAACACGGAUUUGGAUGUGUGCCACCACCAAAUCCUGUGAACAAAUGAACCUCUCUUGA